AUGGAAGAGCAGCCAAAUCAUGAGAAACCCAAAAACGACACCAAAUUUAAGUCAGAAUUGGCGGCCAAACGGAGGGAACGAAUAAUGGCUCAAAUGGCGGCGCUUCAGAAGAGCUUUAUUAAAGACAAUCCCGAUUUCUUCACUUGCGAUCCCAAGGUUUCGAACGCCGAUUCAAUGAUGGAUUUAACAGUGGAUCCAAAUGUUGGCGAACCCAUUGCUGUCGGAGAGAAUCAAAUGGGAAAGUCGUUUACCACUGAACGGCACACUUGUAUUCUGUGUCGCGAAGAGCAGGAGGUGUCCGUAACGGGUCGUUGUUUAGUCUUAUCGGCAUUCAUCCAAAGAUCAACUGUUUUAUCGAAGAACCGAAACAGGAAGUUGUCGAGCGAUAGCGAUAAUAUCGACCCACUGUUUGUCACUUCUGACCUAUACUUCGGGCCUCAUAUAAGCACUUGCGGUCACGUUAUGCACAGCGACUGCUGGCAGAACUUCUUCGACCAGGUUUUAGCUAAAGAAAGGCGUCGUCCCAUACGUUACGGCCGACACGUGAGCUUUGAUGUCGACAAACAUGAAUUUCUUUGCCCGCUCUGCGAAUGUCUGUCUAAUUCUGUUAUACCGAUAAUACCGGCGACCGAUACGGAAACCAAACAGACAACUGAUAAGUCAAACAUAUCACUAACUAAUUGGUUGAGUGGUUUGCACGCAAUCGUCGAGAAAGCGAAUCCCGUUUGGAUUAGAGAUUCGUCACUAAUAGGCGAGAACGUCGGCGAUAAGUUUGUCUGUCGUUUUCUGCCACACCUUCAAGAGAUCCUCUCAAACGUGUCGAUUGAGGCCAAAGAAUAUCUCGAGAAACUGUUUGAAGAAUACCACGAAUGCGCUGUCGUUAAUGAAGAGCUUUCGCCUUCACUAUUAGAUGUGAUGAAGAAUUUUUCUCAAGAUGUCUAUACUACAUCACUUUUGGUGAACCCGAACCCCGACGACGACAGGGUAUCUUUGAUGACGUACUGGUCGUGCGCUUAUACUCUCCAUUCAAUUGAACGAAUGCUUCGAUUGGAAGAGAAGUCCAUUUUCUCGGAUCUAUCGUCCCGUAAAUACAACUGUUUAAAAGCUAUGGUCCGUUACAUCGGCUCCAGUAUCGCUGUCUUCAGCGACUCUGUCAUGAAAAGCCAUUGCAUACGUAUAUUACGUUACCUUCUGGUCAAUGAUUAUCAUCACUCGAGUUCUAAUUGUUGUCUCGAUUUGGACGCCUUAUCUCUGCUCAUAUCACUAGUGAUCACAACUCCGUCUCUAUUUCUCUUUGAUAUUGAUUUGCAGUCUAACAGCAAACUCUACUCAAUGUCUUUGGGAAACGUUUCCGAUAAACAUUAUAUCAAUCUUUUUAUUGUCUUCAAUAUCGUUCAGAUAAUUUUGACACAAAAUUCUGAAGAUUAUAGCGAAGAGCCGAUGGAAACGGAAGAGUCAAACAGUCAAAGCGGUUGUUCUGUAAAUAAGUCGUUGCUAUCGUUUUAUUCAGAUGUGAUGAUAGCUUCGGGUCAGACGAACAUUCAAACCCCGAAUGCAUUACAACUGGAGCUCUCUAUUAAAGCAAAUUUAUUGCCUUUUCUCCGUUCCGUCGCUUUGUUUUUUCACUUUUUAACAAACAUUUCUCCGCCACAAAGACUCAAAGAUUGCGACCAAACGUUGACUUCGAGUCAAGAGUACGAUAUUCUUUGUCACUAUUUGGGUUUGAAUCCCAAGUUUUCAGUCCUACUCGAGAGUACAUCUCUGCGACAGUUGGCGCUGAUAUGGGCGCGACAUCCGAGAGUGCAUCUCAUUAUCAAUCAGAAUAACACGGAAGUUGAGUCUCCCAUUGAAUUACAGCCAAAACUGAUAGCCCAACCGCACGCUCUCAACCAUUUGGUGCAAUUACCCAACGAUUACAGUGAUCUCAUCAAUAGUGUGUCUCAGUUUACGUGUCCCAACUCGGAAGGCGACGACUCACGCUCUCCCACCAUGUGUUUGGUUUGUGGGACGAUAUUGUGUUCGCACAGCUAUUGUUGUCAGAAGGAGUUGGAGGGCAGUAUGGUUGGGUCGUGUACAUGGCACUCGCACUUCUGCGGCGCCGGUCAGGGCAUGUUUCUCCGCAUUAGGGACUGCAAGAUCUUAUUGUUGGCCGGAAAGACCAAAGGUUGUUAUUCUGCGCCGCCAUAUGUGGACGAAUACGGAGAAACAGAUCAGGGGUUGAUUCGCGGCAAUCCAUUACAUUUGUGUCACAAUUCGUACGCAGAGUUGCAUAGACUGUGGUACCAAGUUUUCAGUCCUACUCGAGAGUACAUCUCUGCGACAGUUGGCGCUGAUAUGGGCGCGACAUCCGAGACCCAACCGCACGCUCUCAACCAUUUGGUGCAAUUACCCAACGAUUACAGUGAUCUCAUCAAUAGUGUGUCUCAGUUCACGUGUCCCAACUCGGAAGGCGACGACUCACGCUCUCCCACCAUGUGUUUGGUUUGUGGGACGAUAUUGUGUUCACACAGCUACUGUUGUCAGAAGGAGUUGGAGGGCAGUAUGGUUGGGUCGUGUACGUGGCACUCGCACUUCUGUGGCGCCGGUCAGGGCAUGUUUCUCCGCAUCAGAGACUGCAAGAUCUUAUUGUUGGCCGGAAAGACCAAAGCGCCGUUAGGUAAUGUAAACACAGUGUUAAGCAUGCGUCUCAACGUAUCUGACACCAUAAGACACGGCAUACCGGAACAGAUCGCCCACGCGUUGGAGACGUCCAGCAAUUUGGCCGCUUUUAAUUGGCAGUUAUUAUAG